GUGUAUUUGAGGUGAGCUGCAGAGUGACUGACCACUAUAAUGGAGGGAUGAGACAGCAGUACUCUGUGAAGCCCUGCUCACCCGAGAGCAGCGUGAAACACACACACGCCCGUGCCUCGUCCGUGGUUCGCUACUACAUCAGCGCAGAGGAGGUGGAGUGGGACUACUCACCUAACCGGGCCUGGGAACUGGAGAAACAUCACGCUACAGAGGAGGACAGUCCAGGCAGUAUAUUCGUGGGCAGGGGAGAGAAUCGUAUUGGUCCACGCUAUAAGAAGGCGGUGUAUAGACAGUACACUGAUGACACCUUCAGGACACAGACGGAACUGCAACCUGAACAACUGCACCUCGGCAUUCUGGGUCCUAUCAUCAGGGUGGAGGUGGGAGAGGAGGUUCUGAUCACCUUUAAGAACAGAGCCAGCCGUCCGUACUCUAUACACGCUCACGGAGUGGUCACUACCGACACACACACACCUGUCCAGCCAGGAUACAUGACAGAGUUCAGAUGGGAGGUCCCAGAGAGCUCUGGUCCAGGAGUCUCUGAUCCUAACUGUAUCUCCUACGCGUACUACUCUACUGUUGACUUCGUCAAGGACGUGUUCAGCGGUCUCUUGGGUCCCCUGGUGGUCUGCAGACAGGGAGUACUGCAGCGUGGAGCUGAGGAGGGGACGAGGAAGAGGAGGGACGUGGAGAGGGAGUUUGCUCUGCUCUUCAUGGUGUUUGAUGAGAAUGAGUCCUGGUACCUGGAAGACAACAUCAGAACUUACCUCCACACUGACCCCAGUAACUUCACCGUGGACGACAACUUUAUAGAGAGCAACAAGAUGCACGGUAUAAAUGGUAAGCUGUAUGGAAACCUUCAUGGUCUGACCAUGUCUAAUGGCCAGACAGUGGACUGGUAUCUACUAGGGAUGGGCAACGAGGUCGACAUUCACACUGUCCACUUCCACGCUGAGACCUUCACUUAUAAAAUGGACAGUGUGCACCGCGCGGAUGUGUUUGACCUGUUCCCGGGGACGUUUCAGACGGUCCAGAUGACUGCAGGGAACCCUGGGACAUGGCUGUUGCACUGCCACGUUGCCGACCACAUCCACGCUGGAAUGGAGACUACUUUCACCAUCACGGAGAAAACAUCACAUGCACCUGGUAUUGGAGGUUCCAUCUCCACUCUGCUACUGCCACUAUUACUGACCCUUCUCCACUAGACUACUCUGUGUGUGUGUGUGUGUGUGUGUGUGUGUGUGUGUGUGUGUGUGUGUGUGUGUGUGUGUGUGUGUGUGUGUGUGUGUGUGUGUGUACAUACGUGUGCGUGUGUUCAUAA